UUUUUCUCCCUUUUUUUCCUUGAGCUUUGAAAGCAUUGAUUGUUGAUUUUAUUUAGUAUAGGAAGAUCGAUUUAUCGAUUAAAAGAGUGAAUAAAAUAAAGUACAUAUUUAUAAUACCUCAUGCUAGUGAGCCCGGUGCACAAAGCAUCGGUCGUUUAGGUCCCGGGGAAAGGCCGCACCGCACCCCAAGGGAGUGUAAUGUGAAGUUAGUUACAGAUACGCCUGCAGCAGUGUCUGCAUACAGGCUUGACGAAGUUACCAAGUACCUAGCAGUAAUGAAUAUUUCUGUAGAGGUGCCACAAAGGAAAUCUCCUGCACCAAAAACAGCGCGAAAGCUCAAAACUCCAGGGUCGGAUGCUGAUUCAUUGUCAGCUCCAAAUCCAGCUAUCAGUACACCGAAAGAUAGGGGUGUCAAAGUUGUUGGCCGCCGUUCUCCACGAAAUCCAGUGGUGGAGAAAAAGCAUCCAACCAAAGUUACUGACUUGGAAACCGAGCUUGCUCAACUCCAAGAUGAGUUGAAGAAAGUAAAGGAUCAACUCACUUCAUCCGAUUCAUUAAAAAGGAGGGCUCAAAUAGAGGCAGAGGAAGCUAAGAAGCAGCUCACUGCAAUGUCAGAGAAGCUCGAGGAGUCUGAGAAACAACUAGUUGAGCUCUCAGAUUCUGAGGAUGCUCGAAUCCUGGAACUACGCAAGAUCUCACAAGAUCGAGAUCGAGCAUGGCAAUCUGAACUCGAGGCUGUCCAGAAGCAGCACGAAUAUGACUCUGCUGCUCUUGCUUCUGCCAUGAAUGAAAUCCAGAAGCUUAAAAGCCAACUGGACAGAUUGGCUGAUUCUGAAGCCAAUCAAGCGCGCCAUGCUGAAUCAGCUUAUGCUGAGAUUCAAAGCUUAAGGGUAGAACUUAUGGAAACCCUUACAUUGGUCGAGAAAUUGAGAAACCAGAUAAACGAUAGCAAAGAAUCUGAGGCUUGUGCGCUUGAAGAAAUGAGUAAAGCUCAGAUGCAGCUAGAAGUAGCAAAGAUGACCGAGGAUACUCUACGUUUGGAAGGUCUAAAAGCAAUGGAGGCUUGCAAAUCCUUGUCGUUGGAGUUAGAACAGUCAAAUAAUCAAGUAGCUAAAUUGGAGGAACUUGUCAGUGAGCUCCAAACCGCUCAAGGUACCGUAGAUGGAGUUAAUGAGGAAGCCGAGGAACUCAAAACUGAGGUCAGUAAUCUAAAACUUGAAGUAAGCCAACUGAGAACUGCAUUGGAGGUUUCGGAAAGAAGAUAUCAGGAAGAAUAUACCCAAAGCACUUUGCAGAUUAGAAGUGCUUAUGAGUUAGUUGAACGAUCAAAGUCUGAAUCAGCUCAGAGAGAGGCUGAAUGGGAGGCGAAGUUAAAGGUUGCAAAAGCGGAGUUGGAAGAGUUAAAGGAGAAACUGAUGAACAAAGAAGCUAAGCUACAAAACAUUUCGAACGAAAAUAAGGAGCUAAAUAUGCAAGUUGAGAAAAUACAGUCUGCUGAUAGAGAAUCUGAAUUAGUAGCUGUACUGAAGGAAUCAGAGUCAACUUUGGGAGAUUUGCGGGCGAGUUUAUUGGACAAAGAGACAGAGUUGCAGAAUAUUAAGGAGGAAAAUGAGAUGCUGAAGUCAGAAAUCAAGAAGAGGGAAACUGAGGGUAGAAAAGUGAAUGAUGAAACUCUUGCUGUGGCAGAAGCCGCGAAAGGUGUAGAAAGAGAGACUCUGAUGAAGUUAGGACAUUUGACAGAUGAAGCAGAUGAAAGUAGCCGAAAGGCAGCACGUGUUACCGAGCAGUUGGAUGCAGCACAGAAUGCUAACUCCGAGAUGGAAGCCGAGUUGAGGAGGUUAAAAGUGCAAGCUGAUCAGUGGAGGAAAGCUGCUGAGGCAGCUGCAGCUAUGCUUUCAACCGGCAACAACGGCAAAUAUGUAGAGAGAACAGGUUCUUUAGAUUACCACACUAUUAGUGGGAAGCUAGAUUCUCCAUUAUCUGAAGAUACGGAUGAUGAAUCGCCAAAGAAGAAGAAUGGCAACAUGUUGAAAAAGAUUGGUGUUUUAUUGAAAAAAGGCCAGAAAUAGAAGCAUAAAUGCAGCCUCUUGCAGAAAUGCAGGGUAAGACUGCAUACAAUUGAUCCUUGUGGUCCGAGCCUUCCCCGGACCCCGCGCAUAGCGGGAGCUUAGUGUACCGGGCUGCCCUUUGCCAAAAGUAGAAGCAUAUCUUGCAGGUUGCUAUUAAAUAAUCACUGUUUGAUUUCUCUAUUACUCAUAUGUAGUUUAUGUUUCCAGUUUUUGUUAAUAAAUGUACUAGUAUAUACUUUAUGUACUCUCUCUUAGAGGAUUUUUGUAUAGCUAUUUGGAAAUUAAGAACACUCUAUGAUCUCACCUGCCAAUACCUGUAUGUUUCCUAAGAAGGUAGUAAAAGUGCUGUAAUUCUUUUGGUUACAAUUUUCUGUUUA